AUGAUAACGAUAUCCCAGAGGCAGCGGACCCAGGGAAAAACACUUGGUAGUGGGGAGGAUAUGAAGGUGGGCGGUGGAGUGGUGUUCGGAGGUCCACGCGCCGCCGCUUUGCCCACUGUAUUUCUCCGCCAUCGCAGACCCAUCUUCCGAUGCUACUCAUCUUCCUCUACUGACCAUGUGUCAUUUAUCAAGGACAUAGCGGCAACACAACCUCCAGAGCAUUUGCAUCAUCUUUUGAAAAUGCUUAAGGUGAGAGGUGAAUCCAUAAUCUCUCCUGGUGCCAAGCAAGGGCUGAUUCCCCUUGCUAUCCCUCUGUCAAUGAACAGCUCAGGUUCUAUAACUGCACUGCUACGUUGGCCAACUGCUCCUCCUGGGAUGGAGAUGCCAGUCGUGGAGGUUCGCAAAUACGGAGUGUGGCUUCUGGCUAAGAAUGUGGACCAGUAUAUUCAUCGACUCUUAGUUGAAGAAGAUGCCAAAAACUCUCAGGAAGGCAACAAAAUGUUAUUUCAUGCUACAGCUGAUGCUGGGGAGAAACUUUAUAAGAAGGGUGACUUUGCUAAAUCUCAGAUUUCAAGUUUGGAUGUCUAUCUCUUGAAAAAGGUUGGUUUGUUUCCGGAUAUAUUAGAACGCAAAGUGAUACAUCAUUUUGAGAAGGGGGACCACGUCUCAGCUUUGGUGACUGGAGAGUUUUAUACAAAGAAGGAGCAUUUUCCAGGAUUUGGACGGCCUUUUGUCUUUAAUGCAGAGGUUUUACUGAGGUUUGUAAAACCCUUCCCUCACUUCCGUCAAGAAAUUGCACUGUAAUUUUCGACCAACAUUUUAACUGUCUUUUUCCGAGGAGCCUUUUCUGCAUUUUAUAGAGUUGGACGUAACCCAGAAGCUAAAGACGCUGCAAGAGGCGCUCUGAAAUCACCCUGGUGGACUUUGGGUUGUGAAUACAAGGAAGUUGCUAAUAUAGCUCAGUGGGAGGAUGAACAAAUUGAAUACAUUAAGGAGAAGUUGACAGAGGAAGGCAGGGAAGAAGAUUUGAAGAAGGGAAAGCUACCUGCUCAGAUUGCAUUGGAUGAAGCUGCUUUUUUAUUGGAUUUAGCUUCCCUUGAAGGGGCAUGGGAUGAUUUCAUUGAGCAGAUUGCCAGAUGUUACAAGGAGGCUGGGCUUCAUGACAUUGCAAAAUUUGUAAUAUACAGAGAUUAAGAGAGAAUCUGAACGCAAGGUGCUGUAUUUUCUUUCUUUUAUAUUUGAAAGAGUUUCAGGAACAACAUAUAACCGGGGCAGAUUCUAGUCAUUGUCCCUUUCCACUGCCUUGUUCUCUCUGGCUCUCUCAGCUGACUUGGGUAACUUCUUCAGUGAGAAAAAGGAUUCGAGCAACACAGGAGCACUCAUGAUGGUCACUGCUUCUCCGCGAAACAAGCAUUAAAAUGAGCUUACUUAUAGCCCAUCUUGUAAUCCUUUUCUGGGCAGAUUAUUUGGAUUGUACCUCUGCCUGAAUCUGUACUUCUUCAUUUGAAUUAAUUCAGAAUUGCCUCAAUUUAUUUAUAUGUACGGGGGCUAUAUGCCUCUGGUGUUUUCCAAUUGUGAACAUUCUUUCGUUUCCACAACAGAUUUUUCAUCAAUCCCCCA